AUGGCUUUCACUCCUACCCUCCGCCGCGCUGCGGCCCAGGCCACCAGCUCUGCCUUUGCACCCAAGAUCGACAUCACCCGCCGCGUUGCUGGCUUUGACAUGACCAGUGCCGUUCGGGCUGGUACCCUUGCUGCUUCCUUCGGUGUCUUCGCCGGUACCGCCGCUCUCUUCAUGUUUGGCGAGGUACCCCGUGUGCGCCGUGAUAUCCUCCAGCAGUUCCCCUUCCUGGACACCUACUAUGACCGCAAAAUUGCCCCCGAGGACAACCCCUUUUAA